CGAUCCAGUCGAAUGGCGGAGUACAAAAGGCGCAUUCAGUGGGCUCUCCACAACAGUUGGCCAAAUGACUUCCGGACUCCGCUGCCCAGUUCCACUAAUUGUGGCCCUGACCUUCGCCUUGGUGGCCCUCGUUUGGGCGGAGGAAUUCGACGUGGAAUACUCCAACGAGUACGACGAUGUGCGACCCCAUCUGGUUUAUCCCGAUGAUCCCAGACUGGACAAACGAAUCGGAGAUGCAGCUAGGCAAUUCGGACAAAACAUAACCCAGGCAUGGAACUCCAUGGUGGAGUCCUUCAGAAGCUACUUCGAGGAGCUGAAGAACCUGUUUACGGAUAACACGGAUCCGAAUGCAGCCAACGAGGUUUUUUCGAACCACUGACAAAUGUGCUCGGUGCUUGGCAAACAAAUCAUAUUGCAAUUAGCGGAGAGAUAAUUUUAUUUGAAGGGAAUGAAAAUGAAUUAGCUUUUAGCUGAUUGCAUAGCAAAAGUGUGUUAUUAUUCAAUAUCAUAAGCAAUAAAAUUACACCAAAAUUAACCAAAUGAUGUGAUUAUAAAUAUCAAAACAAAUUUGCUGAAUCGGAUUUGAUUUCAGAACUUAAUAGCUUUGCAUGCCAGAUUUUUGAUAAAACAAGAGCGUGUGAAUAUAUCUUCAAUCUGUACUAAAAAAAAACGCAAAAACAUAUAUUAUUUGACUGAAGCUUAAAGCUUUAAAAGCCGAUCAACUGGUCGAGCUGCAGUUAUUUGUCGGUUAAACUAUCGCAAGAUGAAUACGUCUAUUUUGACCCUGAGUAUUUUCCUUCUACUUUUGGGAAUUACCAAUGCCCGACCUCAGGAUUUGGGUACUGGAGUAAUGCUGGCCGUGGGACAAAUGCAGCAGUUGAUGGAAACUGGCGGCGGAUUGAAAAACGAGCAGAGUGUUGAGAUUCUGGGCGAGCGGUUCACCGGAGGUUUAACCGUGGGCAUCGGAGAGGUUAUGGGAAAUAUUCCUAUGGGAGGUGGACGUCGCUAAAGAUAUUUCAGAAUCUAAAAUGUUCUCUUCUUUUUUUUUUGUUAUUAUACGCGUAACGUUAAUUAACAUUUAACGUCAAUUAAAGAAAUUGCAGUGGA